AACUACAUCUCCCAUGGACCUGCAGGAAGCCCCCUCCUCCUCCUGCUUGUCAGGACCAGGAGAUCAGCAGUUCCCAGCCACUGACUUGUAAAGACAAGGAGAAAGGAGGAGAUCUAAACACAGCUGCCUGGCACCAUCAGGAGGGAGGGUGAGAGAGACCCAGGCAUGCACUCAAUCCAUCCAUGAUGAGGGAGGUGGCAGUGGGAGACACUGGGGCCUGGAACAUGACAGCAUCCAGCUUGGACCUCCUCCCUGCAGACCUCUAGAUCAGAGCAUCCUUAUCUCCCCUGGGGGAGGAAGGAGACACCCAGGAUCUGUGUGAGAUACACUGAACUGGCAUGGGAAAGAAUUGGGAUUGACACAGGUCCCAAAGAAGAGGUGUCUCCCCUGGGGCUCCUCAGUGAGAGGAGGAGGAGCAGGUUGGCAAGAUGGAGCUUGGAGCCCGUGCCAGUGCAAGCAGCAUUUUUCUAGUGCUGCUCCCCUGGUUGCUGUCAAUUGCUGGGCAGGUGGCCAUCAGGGUACCUCUGAAGAAUGGAGCAGGUCCUAAUGGAGCCCAGGGCAGCAGAGUCAGGAGAUCAACAGAAGAGUCUGGACAGGACAGAAACUUCCUGAACAUGAGAGAUAACCUGAGGGGGAAGUCUGGCCAGGGAUAUUAUGUUGAAAUGAGGGUGGGUACCCCUCCUCAGAAGCUCAAUAUCUUGGUAGACACUGGUAGCAGUAACUUUGCAGUUGGCGCUGCCCCUCACCCUUUCCUAAAGCGAUAUUACCAUCGACAAAGGUCCCGAACAUAUCGAGAUGUCCGAAAAGGGGUGUAUGUUCCUUACACUCAGGGAAAGUGGGAAGGGGAAUUGGGCACAGAUUUGGUGACUAUCCCACAUGGCCCAAAUGUCACAGUCGUGGCGAAUAUUGCGGCUAUCACUGACUCUGACAAAUUCUUCAUCAACGGGUCCAACUGGGAGGGGAUCCUGGGACUGGCGUACUCAGAGAUUGCAAGACCUGAUGACUCGCUAGAACCGUUCUUCGAUUCACUUGUAAAGCAGACUAGAGUCCACAACAUCUUCUCACUGCAGUUGUGUGGAGCGGGGUUUCCCAUAAAUGACAGCAACAUGACUGCCUCUGUCGGGGGUAGCAUGGUUAUCGGUGGGAUUGACAGCUCUCUGUACACGGGCAGUAUCUGGUACACGCCAAUCAGAAAGGAGUGGUACUAUGAGGUCAUCAUUGUAAAAAUUGAGAUCAAUGGACAGGACCUUAGCCUUGACUGUAAGGAGUAUAAUUAUGAUAAGAGCAUUGUUGACAGUGGCACGACCAACCUCCGCCUGCCGAAGAGAGUGUUUGAAGCUGCUGUGAAAUCAAUUAAAGCCGCAUCGUCGACAGAGAAAUUUCCAGAUGGGUUCUGGCUGGGAGAGCAGUUGGUUUGCUGGCAAGAGGGCACAACCCCAUGGCAUAUAUUUCCUUUCAUCUCCCUUUAUCUAAUGGGCGAGACCAACAACCAGUCUUUCAGGAUCACCAUCCUACCACAGCAAUACUUGCGUCCCGUGGAGGACAUCGCAACAUCUCAAGAUGACUGCUACAAAUUUGCAAUAUCACAAUCCUCUACGGGCACAGUUAUGGGAGCCGUUAUCAUGGAGGGAUUCUAUGUUGUCUUCGACCGCGCUCAUAGACGGAUUGGGUUUGCAGUCAGCACUUGUCAUGUGCAAGAUGAUUUCCGUGCCCCGUCUGUGGAUGGCCCAUUUUACACUCUAGAUCCAGAGGACUGCGGUUACAAUACCCCACAGUUGGAUGAGUCUGCUCUUAUGACCACAGCGUACGUAAUGGCAGGAGUCUGUGCCCUCUUCAUGCUACCCCUCUGCCUCAUGCUGUUCCAGUGGCGCUGCUUUCGAUGUCUAAGACGAGGAAAGGACGAUCUUGAUGAUAUUUCCCUACUUAAGUGAGAGAUCUGUGCUCUUCCUCCCAAGCCCACCAAAUUGGAGUCACCCACGUUAUAGUUUGUUCUCGGAAUCUGUUCAAGGAGAUUCGGGCAACAUUGCUCUGACGACUUCUACACAAGACUCCAAAAUCAGGAGGCCAUAAGAAACCUAUGGGUACAAGGAACCCUGCUAACCAUGGUGGUUUAUAUAUCAGCCUUACAGUGACCAAGCAAACAAAUGGAACUGAAAUACUGAACUAAAGACUAACACCACAGAGCUUUUAAAACACAAAGCCAUAUUGAGGAGAAAUAGGACAUGUGUAGUUUGGGGUCAGUUUUAAGGAUGACAGUACUGGGAGGCGUUGAUUUUGAGCUUUUACUAAUGAACCGACCGAUCCAGCAAGAAUGGAACUUUUUUUAGAUGUAUUCUCAUAAUGGAGAAUAAUGAAUGUUACAAGAGAGUAUGGGAAAGUGCUUGUUUGUGACCAGUAUCUUGGGUGUAGCUGUGAUUACCAAAAAAAAAAAAAAAAAAGUAAUUGGUCCAUCUCUGGGUAUAGAUCUGAUAUUCUUGUCCAAGAACAGGACGACGGUAUAGAGCUUGUAUACAGCAGUAUGCUACGUUCCCACAAGUGAUAAAGGGUUAAUAAUUAGUGCCCAUCUAAGCAGAAUUACUUGUGUUAGUCCCAGUAGGGCUGCAAAGGAUUAUGGACCAAAAAGGCUGCUUUUAACAAGGUAUGUGUUAAGUACAGACUGAUGUUUGGGUUAAAAUGAAAUUAAUUAAACGCAAUUAAAAAGAAGCCGCACCAGUUAUAUAAUUUCCUGCACAGUGCAAACAGUAGUCACAGGACCUAGAACACAAUUGGACUGACGAGGGGAACACAGGGUAUGAGUACUAAUGAUGAGAUAUUCAUAUAAUGACCUUAGAACUUAAUAUCCAGUAAAAACUUCAAAAUAAUGGUAUUGGUACUUGGGGUUCUAGUUUUGGGAAAAUCAUACAUCAGCAGCUGCGUAUUGAAUAAUUGAAAAAUGCAGCAGUCCGAGCCCAAGCUCAUUUCCUACAACUUCCAUUGAAAUCAGAGUCUAACCCGUAAGCCUUUAACAUUCCUGUUUCAAAGUUCUGGGCAAUCAGCAGACAAAUACUACUGGUUUACAUAAUCACUGCACCACGAUUAGACGUACGCUGCACCAUUGUUUUGUAGAAAUAAUUCAACAAUUCAUAGUACGGUUCUGAACAUAAAUUGAACACGAGGAAAAUCUAGAAAACUGAAAAUAAUUUAAAGAAACAAUACACCAUUAUCUCUAGUACAACUUUAUUUGUUGUGGUUAUGUUGCAAGCAGUUUGUUGCAGUCCACCUGUUUUUGUUUGUUAAAGCCUCUUUAGCAAAUUUGGAUACAAUUACACAAAUAAUGUGAACGUGAAGCUUCUGUAUAUUAUCUCGGUGCCGGAAGAGGGCUCAGUUUUGGGUGCCGAGACAGCCCUGGCUUUUCUUAAGCCACUUGAAAACAGAAGGACUGCGCUGUGCUUAGAGUGGCCCUUUAAGAAAUGUAUCCUUUGUAUUACACUUGAAAAAAAAAAAAGACAAUUCCUAAGCAUUAGCAGGAACUGUUUUCUAUACUUAGGGUUUAAGGAAACGGAAUGGCACUAAUGAAGGUACCUUGUAUUUGGGUGGAUGGGGGUGAUUAAAUACUUUAUAAGCUAACUGUUCAACAGAUUACAGAGGUUUCAUUUUUCAGUGCCGUAUCACUGACUGAAAAUCUAAGUUUCAUAUUUGGUCUGUUCUUUGUUUUGAAGGACAUUAUAAUCAUUGUGGGGCAGUUCUACAAGUAGGGGUAUAGUAGAAAUGAUUGCAGUGGGUUAAAGGGACACUACGGGCACCAAUACUACUUUAAUGUAUUUGACAGGUUUUUGCUUCAUUUAUAUGUUGUAUAUUUUGCAUGCACAAAUCUUUAUAGUUUUUGCAUAAAAUAUAGGUUUUGCAGGAUGCUGCACCAUCAGUCUACAUGUUCACACCCCUUACUCUAGAAAUAGACUACCUUAACAAAUAUAUGUACACAGCUCAGCCAGUGACAGCAGUGAAUGAUCUGAACAUUAAAACCUGCAUUAGAAGGAAGACACAGAAGGAGACAUAUAGCAAGGAUAUCACUACUUGUUUGUAGUUUCUCUGACUGUCUGCAGCGAGAUUGUGAAUUGAAAACAGCUCACAUGCGAUGGUUAAGGGAGUUUUUUCUGGCAUGAGUGAACGUGGCCAAGGAGGCAGGCUUGUGGUGUAGCAUUCUGCAAAACAUUUAUUUAUUUUGUGAAACAUUUGAGCAUGCAAAAAAAAAAAAAAAAAUCUAUUAAAUGCAUAAAAGCUGUAUUGGUGUCCCUUUAACCCCUUAAGGACCAAACUUCUGGAAUAAAGGGGAAUCAUGACAUGUCACACGUGUCAUGUGU